AUGUUGAUUCUACGAGCGCCGCAGGACUGCACACAUAAAGUUCGUCAUAGUGAACAUCCAUCGGAGAAGAUAACCACAUCGCCUCGCGGGUUGGCUCUGUCGCUAGCCGUCUCCCUCGACGCCUGUAUUCUCACCAGAAUCAAGACGAGUGAUGAGGUUGUUGAGGACGAGGCCGACCAUGGAGACGCUAACUGGAUCCCUUGUGUCGCGGAGAUGUUGGAGGAGGUGACUGAGACGACGGAGUCACUAGGGAGGCGUAGGGCGGAGAUGUUGGAGGAGUUCCCACUUCCAAAAAGUUUCAAUCUUGUUUCUCCUCAUCAAACACAGAUAAAUAAUACAAAAAGAAGAAAAUCUACUCCUCUUUCUUCCCCCAAACUCCGCAUUUUCUCUCUCCAACUCCAUUUCGUAUCAAACCUUCCUGAGAAAGAUGCUUGA